AUGGCGAGGUUAGAGGAGAUUCAGGAGCAGUUGCGGGCGGUGGCUCACCGCCUACAUCAGCAGCGACGGCAAGAACGAGCAGCGAAGACGCGUUAUAUGGAAGAAGAGAUUGAGACUGCGUGGAGAUCCCGCAAACUGGCGUUGGCGAUGCGUCUUUCACGGGAAGCAGGACGCUGUCGGUUUGGGCCGAAGAAGCGGGAUGGACGUGCAGUACGGGUGGCUCAACCUACGCGGGAGGAGUGGCUAACGGCCUGGCGUCAGGCAGGCAAGGAUGGUGGCACGUCGGCUACGGAGGUGGCAACUCCAGAGCUGAUCGGGUCGACGGACGCGCUGCCUGACCUGACCGUUGAGAUGGGGGAGCGCGCUCGAGCGGACAUCAGGCGGGUCUCGCGGGCGGUGCGACGUGCAGGGCGACGUCGGGCAGUGCCAGAUCGUCCCCCUCCAGUGGAGCUGUGGCAGUUCUGUUUCCACCCUGAUAAGCGAUAUGUACGGGGGCGCUGGGGUGUUGGGGCUGAUGCAGGCAUUCCUGACAUGGCGUGCUUCGCGGAGGCGAUGCUGGGUGGUUUUCGUAUGAUACGCCAAGCCUCACGGACCCCCAGCCACUGGCACCACAGCACCGCGGUCGGGCUGCGGAAGAGUGGCGCACCAGGCGUCAAGGGCAAGCGGGUGGUGCAUGUUCUCGACCCCGUCGGGAAGUGCCUCUACGCAGAUGUGCUGGAGGUGCCAGCGGACGUGGGCGACUACGGCUUCAUCAAACAUCGGCGACAAGAGGGGGCGAUGAUGGCAGUCAGCCUGAAGGACAUGAGCAACGCGUUCGCGUCAGGCUUCCAUUCUGAGUUGGAUGCUACGGUAGACUUGCACGUCGCCAGCGAGCUGGCCGUGCCGCCCGCGCAGACCUCGGAGUUUCUGAAGUGGAUGCGUAUGUCGGAUGAGAUUCUGCAGGAGGAGUGGAAGGAGUGGUGGCUGGACGUCAUCUUGCUCGCUCGCUGGUGCGGGGAUUUUGUCGACCUGAUGGGGCUCGGAAGUUUCACCCCCUGGUUCCUCCGGGUAGCCUCGCUUGCAGAGUUUGCGGGGUCGAACACGCCGAUCCGGAUCAUCUCUGUAGCCAUCUGGUUCAAGAUCUGCCACGCACGGUGCUACCGCAGCGACCUCGCCCCCAGUCGGCCCGUCGGCGUCAGCAGCAGCAUGGCCCUGGAGGGCACCCCGUCUUGGCUGGCGCUCCCGACGGCAGAGACGAACGGCGCUCCCCCGCACAGGAAAGGGCGCAGCGACGACGACAGGGGCAGCGGCGGCACCAGGGGCUUAAGGGAGACAGCGAAGACGAUGCGGCGCCUCGUGUUGGCUGAUCCCCGCGAGAUCCAAGAGUUGGCCGCCGUCGCGUUCAAAAAGUUCGAAACGAAGAAAGGCGGCCUGUCCGAGCAGCAAGAGGCGACGGGCAAGGCGCACGACGCGCAGUCAAACGCCCUGCGCGAGAAGGCCAAAAACGGAGAGCAGGUCGACUACGAGAGCAGGGGUCCGCCGCACGUGGCGAUUUUUGCAGCGUCGGUGAAGUGGUGGGGCACGCAAGGCAACCUCGCCAAGCAGGAGCUGACCGAGGGCUUUGCGAGCCUGUGGAAGGACGUGAUCAUGCGCUUCACUCCCCAGCAGGGCAAGCCGAACAAGGGCAAGGGCAAGAGCAGCAGCGACGACAUGCAGGAGGACGCGAAGGGUACCGACAAGGGGAUGAUCAUGCAUGCGGUGGAGCUCUCUCGCAUGAACGGCCCGAAGCUGUCGACGUUGCUGGCCGAGGCGAUGGCGGACAUGAAGGCGCAGGCAGACGCGCCAGUGGACCGGUGGGGGGGCGUCGCGGAGCGCGCGUGGCGCCUGGAGAAGCGCCAGGCCUUCGGCGCCUGCGUGGCCCAGCUCCGCGGCAGGGUCACCGAGGGUGGAGAGUACGGCGACUUCCUCUCCAAGACGGACAUGGAGAAGCUUGCGAGCGUGCUGUCGCAGGCGGAGGUCUGGCUGAGCGACCACCCCGACGCGACCAGGGCCGAGUACACGGACAAGCUUGAGGAGCUGAAGAAAGCCGGGGACGCAGCGGCGCGGAGGCUCCUGGAGGCGCGCGAGAAAUGCAUCGAGGACUUCGAGGCCACGGUGGAAGGCUACCGCAGCGUUGCCCAGACGCCCGGGGACCGGUUCGCCCACAUCGCCCCCAAGAGGCUGGCGGAGGUUGCCGACCUCUGCGCCCGCCUCGAGGCGUGGCUCGCCCAGGCCAAGCGAGAGGCCACGCCCGGGCCUAGGGGGCCCGCGCUGUCGCGCUUCGGCCUGGAGAGGAGGAGACGCCACCUCGCCCAGGUCGCCGGCGAGGUCCUGGGCGAGCCGGGGCCGGCGGCGGCACGGGCGGCGCCGCUCGCGGGGGGCGCGGGGAGGCGGCCUGUGCCCACGGGCACCAGCCUGCUGGACCAGCUGGAGCAGCCAGACGCGCCCGCGCCGAGGGCCAGCUGGAGCGGCCGGCUGCAGCAGCCGCGCCGCUCUCUGCCGCCGCGGCCCGCGCGGCCCGCUGCGCCGGCGCGGCCGCCGCCCGCGGAGCGGGCACGCGGGGCGGAGGCCGCGCCAGAGGGCGGCCGCUCGGCGGAAGCGGCCGUGCCGCCUGUCUCGCCGCCGCCCUCUCCGCCGCUCCCGCCUGCAGCGUCGCCGCCGGCGGAGGGGCCCGAGGCCGAGGCCGAGGCCGAGCUCCCAGCGGAGGCGGCCGUGCCGCCUGCUUCGCCGCCGCCCUCUCCGGCGCCCGCGCCUGCAGCGUCGCCGCAAGCGGAGCAAGCCGAGGCCGCGGCCGAGGGCGAGGGCCCGGCGGAGGCGGCCGCGCCCGGGGCCGAGCUCGCGGCGGAGGCGCCGCGGCCGUCUCCAGCGGCGCAGCCGCCACCACUCGAGCAGUCGCCUCUGCCGGCGGGGCCGCCGGCAUUGGCGGGGCCACUCGGGCGCCAGGCGCCACCGCUGCGCAGUGGCAUCUCGAGAGCGGAGUUGCUGGCGCAGCGGGAAAGGCUGCAGGCGAUGCAGCAGCGACAGCAGCAGCUGCUGCUGGAGGGCCGCGUGAUGGGAGAGGUGCUGACCUGGGACUCCUCCACGGGUGUCGGCAUGGUGGCGUGCCCCGAGGUCACGGCGCAGCACGGCAAGGACGUCUACGUCCACAGGAGGUCAACGAAUCUCAUGCUCGAGCCCGGUGACAUGAUCAGCUUCAGAGCUCACGUGCACCGUGCGGCCCCUGGAGAAGAGCAGGUCUGUGCCCAGAGCGUCGUGAAGCAUCAGGCGCUCACCCUCCAGCGGGCCGAGGUCAGGCGGCUGGAACAGCUCUGCCUCGCGGAGCCGCUGGGGCAGCACCCGCGGCGGCAGCCGCAGCCCCAGUCACAGCAGGAGCCGCCGGCCGCCGCGCGGCGGCAGCAGCAGGAGGCCGCCGCCGCGCGCGAGGCCGCCGCCGCCAUCGAGGCCGCCGCCGCCUUCGAG